GAGUAGGAGGAAGAGGGCCCCGGCCGAAGGUGACGCCGAGGCGGCGGCGGCAGCAGCGGCGGCGGGCGGAACGGAGAGCUGAACCGACUGUCAGAGCGAGCGAACGAGCCACCGCGGCGGCGACCCUGCGGACGCUCUGCCCCGUCCCUCUGCGGUGAAUGGCGGCGGGAUGGAGCCCGAGGGGAGCGGCGGCAGCAGCGAGGGCUCGGCGGGGCUCCUGCAGCAGAUCCUCAGCCUGAGGCUCGUCCCGCGGGUGGGCAACGGGACGCUGUGCCCCAACGCCACCUCCCUCUGCUCCUUCCCAGCCACUGCCCGGCGCCAUUCAGUGGACACCGGGGACUUGCCGUGUAUUACCUUUCCAGGGUCUUCGCGGACAGAGAUGUGGUACGGUGUGUUCCUCUGGGCACUGGUGUCUUCUCUCUUCUUUCACGUCCCCGCUGGACUGCUGGCCCUCUUCACCCUCAGACAUCACAAAUAUGGUAGGUUCAUGUCUGUAGGCAUCCUGUUGAUGGGCAUCGUGGGACCAAUUACUGCUGGAAUCUUGACAAGUGCCGCAAUCGCUGGAGUUUACCGAGCAGCAGGAAAAGAUAUGAUACCAUUCGAAGCCCUCACCUUGGGCACUGGACAGACGUUUUGUGUAGUGGUGGUCUCUUUUUUACGGAUUUUAGCUACUCUGUAGCAUACACCCUUAUACUAUGACAUCGAACCUAAGUUUUAAAGAAUCCUCAGAAAGAACAAAAUAUGGAAAAAACACUAUUUUCUUAGUUCUAUAAAUGGAAGCAACUUGGAUGAAAAAGAAUGUGAAGAAUAGCUUCUCAGCAUUUACUUUCAUUUGAAGCUCCAAGGAAUUGAAGCUCUUUUUGGACUAUUGUGCUCAACCACAACAAAUCAAGUUUUAUUUUGUUUUGAUAUUUAACAUAAGUAGUUUUACAGGUACACCUUUACCCAAAGCCAUGGCAACGGUGCUUCUGGGUUUGCCCUCAUACUGAAAUGUACAAUAUUCUGCGAGAAAAUGCAGUGUUGCAUUUUUUAGAAAAAUACUGGUUUAUUUCUGAGCAGAGCAUAAUGUACUAAAAAUCUUAUUUGAUCUAAUCAUGAUUAAUAUUUGGCAAGCUCUUUUUCUGUUACAUCUUCAUGAUAGUAAGUGCCAAAUAGGUUUUGGUUGAGUAUAGCUUUGAACAAAAUUGGGAAAUAAAACGGGAAAAAUAUCUAGAAUACAAACAGUGACUUUGAUUCCACUCUUUUUAAAUAAAGGAGAUAACUACUGAAUGAUGUGACAUUUUAUGGAUAACAAUCUUGACCUCUGAUUAUUUAAUAUAUCUUAAAAGAUGUGAAUUUGUUUUAUACACUUUAUCAAAAUAAACUAAUUGAGACUUUUUUCAGAAUUCCAGUACCACCUUUUCCUAUCACUUUUAUUCUAUUAGUUUUAUUUGGUUUAAUUAGAAACAUACUCUGUUAAAUUAAAGUUGAAAAUUCUAAGCCAAAUGAGUUAGGAUACUCUUGACAUUAAGGCACAUUAAAAAAAAAAAAAGAUACUAUAAACAUCCUGUUAUAGUUUUUAUUGACUGCUUAUUAUUGGCUCUUGAAAAAUUAUAGAAGUACAGCUUAAACUAGCAUUAGGGUUAUUGAUUUCUCUUAUUAGCUACUUAGUCUUCUUAAAUCCUUAGUGCUGAAUCUUCAGCCCAUUUUUACAGUAUUGUGUGUCACUCCCAGAAAGUGCCUAAAGUUUAAUUUUCAGAUAUAUCUUUUACUUUGCCCUUUACAUUUUUCCUUUUGGAGAAUUUAUGUCCUUUAAGAGAAUUAAAUAUUGAGUUUUUUGAAAUCCAAUUUUAGCUAUUUAAAAUUUCUGCUACUGCCUAACUUUCUUCUUCAUUAAAAGGCCUGAAAACUGUGACCUUCAAAACAGAAAGGAUUGCAAAUUAGUGUCUAACUUGAUCCUGACCAUUGAAACUGUUUUGUAUAGAAUACAAUCAAUGUUGUUACCUGUUUUCAAAAUAGCUUCUGAUAAUUAAGUCUGACGUUUCUAAUGGAAAGUUUUCAUUGUGAGAGUAACGCUGACAGCCCAUGAGGUCAUGUAUACACGACUGUGUCUGUUCUGCUUAAAGACUGGCUUUUAAAUAAAAAUAGCUGGGAGGACCAAUUUACUAGGGAUAGUCAAAGAUAAAAACUACAAGGGGGUCACGGAAAUUAACUGGACAUUUUCUUUUAACUAAUAGGUUAUUAGACCACUUUUCAAAAUUAUGGUGACAUACUCAGACUAGAUGGGAAAUUACAGGUAAAGUUGGAAUGAAGAUUACUCUCCAAUGCUCAAAUCCUUUCAAGCAAAUUUUAACGUUUAAAGUAGUCUUUAAUUAAAGAUUGUUUUUCAGUUGAAGGAGCUGUGAUUUUGAAAAGUAGCCGUUCAGUAUCAGAAAUUUGGGAUGUUGUAUUGAAUAGCUUUUAUUGUAAGAAGUGAUUUUAAUCAUGUCUAUCAAAGUGUGGUGUUCACACACCAUUCUUUUGGGUAGAAUUUCACAAAUUAAACAACUGGGCCAGUGGUUGGUGGGCCUCACUCGCAGAAUACUAACUUUUGAACAUAUGGACCUAUGAUUUAAAUUUGGUUAUUUUUCUUUUAGAGCCAAGACACAAAAAUUAAUGCAUUUUGAAAGGUAUCUUCUGUUUCCACUUCUUUCAUGUUUUCAUAUAUUUUGAUUAUUCACUCUUCUUAAAAACUUCAAAUAGAAAAUAUAUCUUUAAAUUGAAUGUUUCUUCUAUCCCAGUAUGUGAACAUUCUUCUGUGAAUAUGUGUAUAUAUAUUUAAUGUAAAUUGAGCUUUGUAGCUUAAAAUGUUUUCAGAACAAAACUGUUUUGUGUGUUUAAGUUUCUCACCUCAAAUACACAAUUAUUUGGGAGUAGCUGCUCAGAAGAAAAAAUAUUGGCAUUUGUGUUGAACAUUUUAUUAUCUAUAGUUUUUUAAGAAUUUUUACCAACUGGCUUUCUUAAGAGACACAUACAACCAUUCCAUCCCCCAGCUGUGCAUACACUUUUCCUUUUUUUUUUUUUUUUAAUGUGGGGGAGGGCGACUACCCCCAACCAUAAAAACUGAUUUCUGGAUUCUUUAAAAUGGGUGUUUGGGGGUAAAGGCAUUUCCUGAAAAUUUAAGUCCACAUUUAAAUGUGUAAUGAAUAUUCCAAGAGAAACGUGAGUCUGGGCUAUUAACUUUUUUUUGGCAGCAAAACAUUACUCCCUAGGAAAUUUCCAAACUAGUGAGAAAAAGUUCAUGCAAAUAAUUACCUUUAAACCCUUCCUUAUGUUGUUUAAGUUUUUAAAUUGUAUGUUGGCUUUUGAUUCCAAUGCCCUUUCUGACUGCUCUGGUUUGAAUUGAGUUCUUAUUACAACUGCAAUGCAUAUAACCUUCCUUCCCUAAGAAACCAUUUCCUGGAAUGUGAAGCCCUGGUGCCAUUAGCUGUUUAUACGCAGAACGUCUUAUGUGCCUGCAUUUCUUGUUGUGCACUCUGUUGGCUGGUUGUGACUAAAAUCAGCGUAAUUUUUUGUAUUAAUUAUUUCACUAACUGAAACAGUCAAAAUGAUCAAAUCUUUGUACGAUGAAAAAUUAUUUAAAUUGUAUUUUUCUACUGAUUUCUAAUUCUGAUAUAAAUGUUUAUCAAUAAAGAAUUACUUUCAAUUCUGUGAA